CCCCAUUUAGCUUUGCAACCAAACGGUAAUCGAAAUCGGUACAAAUUCAAUAGAAAAACAGAACGGCAACGAAAAUAUUUUCCAAAAAAAAAUUGGAUUUUAAUUUUUAAUCCCUACCUACGGACAAAGUACAUUAAAAAGUAAUUACGACUACUCUAAUGGCUCGCUGUCAUUCGCAUUCGAAUUUUCCAAUCACAUUGAUUGUUGUUGUUGUGUCUGUGUUUUGCUAUAACUUUAACGGUUUUGUAACGGGACAAAGCAUUUUGGAUCGCUUUCGACCCAAUUCCAAUGCCAAUAUCUCAACGCCAGAUGAGCAAGUGAAAAUCAUUUCCGGUACGAAAGUGAAACGUUUCGAGCGCUUAACGGUACCCCUCGGUGGUGGCAAUUAUAAUUUGGUGCACCAGCACCCAUCGUAUUUGGGUUUGGCCUAUGUACGUACGCCCAUAGUAUAUUUUCCUAAAUUAAGGGAAUAUUUUGUAACACAUUGGCCCCUCUAUUAUCCAGCGAGGGUUGCACCGCAUUGGCAGGCGGGAGCAAAAUUGACCGGGGAAGGUAUCGAUGGUUUGAUGACCUUUCAACAACUGCCCUAUAACAAUGAUGUAAAGGUUACCCUUAAUGCCACGGGAAUACCAGCCGGCAAGCACGCUCUGCACAUACACACCUAUGGAGAUCUUACGGAAGGUUGCACUUCAACUGGUGGACAAUUUGCCAAUAAUUUUUUGGGCAAUAUCGAUGUCAAAGAGAAUGGCGAAGUUUCAGUGGUCUUCAUUAGCAUCUAUUUGACUUUGUUUGGUUAUAAUGGCAUCAUUGGACGUUCCAUUGUGAUUCAUGAGAGACCGAUCGAUUUGAACAGUGCCUUAAAUGCUGAGGUAUUUUCAUCGCCAGCUAUACAUGCUAUACCCGAUGCCCAGGCUUAUCAGAAUGAAGAGAAUUCCGUGGGUGCCGGUAUAGCCUGUGGAAUAAUCAGUAUUAUGAAAGUCCCUGCACAAAUACCUACUAUAAAUAAAUAAAACAUAAUUUUAUUCAACACCAAACACACCAAUGUACCAAAUGCACCAAAACAUACAUACAUACAUUAAUAUUUUUUUAAAUACAUUUUUUAGAAAACUA